ACCUUGAUUAAUGUGCGCUUGGGUCUUCUUCAUCUUCAUCAGAACAUCCGUACAGCCAAACAAAUCCAUGGAUUCUCUCCCUCUCCAUCUCUGCACACUCCAUACAUCAGCUACUAUUAUCAACAGAUCCCACGCUUUUUUUCAUUCCAUGGCUCUCCUCGCCCUGCUCUACUACCGAGCUUCAUCUUUUUAUCUCUAUGCCACCGCUCCAUCCCAUCUGCUAACUUGGCUUUUGGUCUUUACUUCUGAGCUCUUUCUUUCUUUUCUUUGGCUCCUCAGCCAAGCUUAUCAAUGGAGACCGGUGACUCGAACUGUGUUUCCGGAGACGUUUCCGGAAGAUAGACAACUGGGUGCAAUCGACGUCUUUAUUUGCACUGCGGACCCAAAGAAGGAGCCUCCAGUGAAGGUGAUGAACACAGUUUUAUCGGCCAUGGCCCUAGACUACCCGCCGGAGAAGGUAGUAGUCUAUCUAUCCGAUGAUGGGGGUUCUUCUCUUACUUUAAAUGCGAUUCGGGAGGCAUGGAGGUUUGCGCGGCUGUGGAUUCCCUUCUGCAAGGCUUACGGAAUCAAGACAAGGUGUCCGGAGGCUUACUUUUCAAAAGAGGAGGAGGAUGAUGAUCAGUUUGUGGAAGAGAGAGAGAAGAUCAAGAGGAAUUACGAGCUGUUUAAGGAGCGUGUGGUGGGAGCCUGUGGAAAAGAUGAGGUUGAACAAGGAGUGGGCAUUGCUGGUCAUAAUCAUCCUCCGCUAGUUGAGGUGAUAAGAGAUGACAACACUGUUAUUGAAGACAGUAGCGCUGGUCAUCCCAAUAUACCUCUCCUCGUCUAUGUUUCUCGCGAGAAAAGACCUUCUCAUCCACAUCAUUUCAAAGCCGGGGCUCUCAACACUCUUCUCAGGGUCUCUGGCAUCAUAAGCAACGCGCCCCAUGUAUUAGUAUUAGACUGCGACUUUUUCUGCAAUGACCCCUCAUCUGCCCGCCAAGCAAUGUGUUUCCACCUUGAUUCCAAAAUCUCUUGCUCUCUAGCUUUUGUUCAAUUCCCUCAGAAAUUCCACAACUUCAGUAUGAAUGACAUCUAUGAUGGCCGAUUGAGAUCAGUAUUUGAGAUGAAGUGCCCCGGUAUGGAUGGGCAUCAGGGACCCAUGUUAUCGGGUACAUGCUUUUACAUAAAGAGAGCGGCAUUGUAUGGGAAUGUUGGAGAAGUUAAGGAUCCCCUCCAACUAAAACAACAUUUUGGUCCAUCCAAUGGGCUCAUCAAAUCACUCGGCCAGAGCUACCCAUGCAAGGUCAUUGAAGACGCGAGCUUCUCGACCAGGUUGCAACAAGAGACACAGUUCUUAGCCUCUUGCAGUUAUGAAGAACACACAAAAUGGGGUGAAGAGAUAGGUUUCUUGUACAAUUCUGUGCUAGAGGAUUAUUUUACGGGAUUCAUUUUGCACUGCAAGGGGUGGAAUUCCAUAUACUAUAGCCCUCCCAGACCAGCAUUCUUGGGCACUGCUACUUCGAACUUGAAUGACACAUUAGUGCAAGGUAGAAGAUGGUACUGUGGACUGCUUCAAGUCACUUUCUCAAGGUUCUGCCCUCCCAUUUAUGGGCUGUUGAGGAUGUCUUUUCUGGAGAGCAUGUGCUACGCUCACCUAGCACUUAAUCCCUUUUCUUCCUUCUGCUUAUGGUGUUUGGCUACCAUCCCUCAACUCUGCCUCUUGAAUGGGAUCCCAAUUUACCCAAAGGCUUCAGAUUCAUGGUUUGUUAUAUUUUCAUUUGUUUUCUUCUCCUCCCUCUUGAAACAUCUAAAGGAUGUUCACUCCACUGGAGGAUCAGUUCAGACAUGGUGGAAUGAGGAGCGCAUUUGGAUGAUGAAGUCAAUUACUAGCCAUUUCUACGGAAGCUUGGAUGGUAUACUGAAGUCUGUGGGCAUGGGAGAAGCCAGUUUCACACCAACAAAUAAAGCCAUUCAAGAUGAUCAAGUUAAACUCUACCAAAUGGGCAUCUUUGAUUUCCGAACAUCAACGGUGCUACUUGCUCCAUUAGUAACCUUAGUCAUUUUCAACAUGAUUUCUUUGGUGGGAGGAGUUGGUAGAGUGAUGGUAGCUGGAUGCUGGGACAAGCUUUUUGGACAGAUUUUUCUUUCAUUUUUCAUCGUAGCUGUCAACUACCCAGUGAUUGAAGGGAUGAUCCUGAGGAGGGACAAAGGGCGGAUUCCACCCUCUGUUACUCUAUUGUCACUUGCAUUUUCGAUGUUGUUCUUGAUUUCGGGGUCUAUGGUUCUCAUGUCUUGAACCAUCAUGGAAAUCAUGGAACCGGGAAGGUGUUCAGAGUUUAUAAUAUAUCUUGUGAGUACAGAUAUUAAUAGCUUAAGCUUUUGGAAGAAUUGGUUGUUUAAUUUGACUGGAGGUCUUGUAUUAAUUUGAAUCAACUACAAUGUUUAAUUUA